AAACAUGUACUGAAAUAGCACGCUAUAAUUCCCUCUGGUUUGGUGUACUGAGAAAUUUUAAAUAUUUGAUUAAUGAAUUAAAAACAGUCAAAAAUUUCACAUCCAUCCGAAAAAAGCAAACAAAAGAGAGAAAUCUGCGCCUCGUUUAAUUCAAUUUAAUUCUCCUCGAUAAUAAUCCCAUUCUCUUCCUCUCGCACAAAGCAAGAGAGGAAAGUAAGAGGAGUUUCCUCUCUCUCCUCAAACCUAACAUUUCCUUCUCUCUCCACGCUAAACCAGAAAAAAACACCAUUAAUUAUGGAGAUUUUGGACGCGGCGGAGGCGUGCUUCAUGGUCGGCGACGACCUUCUCGACUUCACUCUCGACGGCGAAGCCGAGGAAGACUACGACCACAAAAUUUCUUACUCUUCUUCUUCGUCUUCCCUGAAAGCGGCGGCGGAGUCCUUGAGAGGUUCAUUUCCCGAAUUUGCAGAGGAGGAAUUGGAAUGGCUGUCGAACAAGGACGAGUUUCCGGCGGUGGAGACGUGCUUCGGCAUCUUGUCCGACAACCCGGAGCUGCUGGUGAGCCACCACAGCCCUAGCUCGGUCCUCGAGAAUAGCAGCAGCAGCGGCGACGUCAGUGGUGGUGGCAGCGCCUCCGCGAGCUGCUGCGGCAGUCUCAAAGUCCCCGUCCGCCCCCGGAGCAACGGCCGGAGGCGGAGACGGAGGGUGGAUUACGGCGAGUUACCACCCGAUCAGGCAAUGUGGUCGGGUCAAGUCACUUGGAUGCUGCCGCGGAUAUCAGCGGCCGGUGGCGGCGGCCGCAUGGGGCGGAGGUGCUUGCAUUGCCAAUCGGACAAGACGCCGCAGUGGCGGGCUGGCCCGAUGGGCCCGAAGACGCUCUGCAACGCUUGCGGGGUGCGGUAUAAGUCGGGCCGACUGCUGCCGGAGUACCGGCCGGCGAACAGCCCGACGUUCUCGAGCAAAUUGCACUCGAAUUCUCAUAGAAGGGUUGUUGAGAUGAGAAGGCAGACGCUGUUAGGGUAAGAGCAGUUUCUUGUUUUUUUUGAGGUAAUUAGCGUAGUUUAGAUUAGGUUUGAGGAUUUUUAGAUUAUGGGUUGUUGUAAUGGAAUAGAUGGUUAGUCAGUUGAUUUUCUUUUCAUCAAAAUCUAUGAGGGAGUUUUGGCUUUGUUUGAAUGGUUUAGAGUAUAAAUUUGCUCGAGAAUGGUUUGCGUUUGCAGUUGAUGAUGCAUAUGUGAUAUGUAGAUGUUUGUUCUA